AUGAAAUUGUCGACGGGAUGGUUAGAGCUCUCGAAACUUGCAAAUGCAUUCGCAGUGCUUGCACCCAUCGGUCCAUUGCGACGUAUCAGUGAAAAAGAUCACGAAUACAGCGAUCAAGUAUUGCGAUUCUUAAUGUUCACAGCUGAGGAUAGAAAUGAUGAGCAGAGGGAAGAAAUCGAAGCAAAGAGCAAACAUAUUCAACAGCGUAAAGCGUUAGGUCGCAAAAAGAAACGAAAUUUAAAAUCUACGAUGCUCUGA